AUGCAUUUCACCGACCUCCUCUUCGUGCUCCUCCUCGCAUUGUUCCAGUUCACCGAAGCCAGGCCGGGCUACACCACAAGCCCACCACCGGCGGUAAACACCACGUCCGGGGUCGUCAGCGGCUUCGAACCCGUUUCCGGGGUGCAUGCGUACCUGGGAAUCCCGUAUGCAGUCCCGCCAUUGGGCCUCCAGUUCAUGCUCCCGAAGCCGGCGCCGUACAGCGAGGAGCCGAUCCGUGCCACAGCCUUCGGCCCGAGCUGUAUCCAGUUUGCGUACAAGACCGUCUUCUAUGAGAUUGCGGAACCGGCGGAACCGCAGAGUGAGGAUUGCUUGAGUGUGAAUAUCUGGGUUCCGGCCGGUCAUGAUCGUGUGCACGGGAAGGGGAAGAAUGGGAACGAGAACGGGAAGGGGGGAUUGCCAGCUAUGGUGUGGAUUGUUGGUGGUGGGUUUGGGGAGGGAGCAACGUCGUGGGAAGGCAUGUUCGCAGUGCGCCACUGCUUCCGGAUGGCGCAUCCCGACGUUAUCAUCGCAUACUAUCGCCUCAACACAUUCGGCUUCCCCAACAGCCCCGCGCUCCCGGAACGCAACAUCGGGUUCCUGGACGCGCGCCUCGCCAUCGAAUGGCUGCACGCCAACCACGCCUCCUUCGGCGGCGACCCCUCCAAGAUAACACUCUUUGGCGAGAGCGCUGGCGCCGCCAUAAUCGGCUCGUACGCCUACGCCUACACCGACAAGCCGCUAGUCCGAGCGUUGAUUAUGCAAAGCGGCACCGGCGACAUCAUUGGCAACUCGGACGACUCGGAGUUCAAGCGGGUAUCGGAUGCGGUCGGGUGUGGCGGCGGCGGCACGAUCCGCUGCUUGCAGGCGGUGGAUGCAGGAGGGAUCCGACAGGCGAUCUCGAACCUGACGCUGAACUACUUCGCUUCUCCGAACGGCGGGGCUCCGGGAGUGGAUAACCGCACGCUAAAAUUCUCCCUACAGCCCACCCUGAUCGGCGUAAACGACAAACAAGGCGACAACACCGUCCCGUUCCACAAGGAUCGGGGGAUAAACUACACAGUGAGCGACAUCUGCACAAAGACGAUGUUCACGUGCCCGUCAGCAGGACACUCUCUGAUCCGCGCCAACAACUCUGUGCCCACCUACCACUACCGCUACAUGGCGCGCCUGCCAUCUGUGACGCCCUACAGCUGGAUCCGCGGCGCUUUCCAUGGCGCCGAGGUCGGCACCGUGUUUGGGUUUCUCGAUGCGGGCAUCGAGACGCCGCAAAGCUGGGAACGCGAGAUUAGCAAAUACAUGAUGGAUGCUUGGGUUACCUUCGUGAAGGAUCCCAAGGAUGGGCUGCGGGAGCGGCGAUGGUGGCCGCAAUACAAUCCAGCAGGUACUUAUCGCCACUCUGUCCGGUGA